CGGAGCUGGUAGGCGGGUCCAAGGCUCCUGCGCGCGCAGACUCGGGCCCCGUUUUCUCCGCUCGCCGGAAGAAGGCGGGCCUCUUUUCGUGCCUAGCGCAGCCAUGGCUCGGGGUCCCAAGAAGCACCUGAAACGCGUAGCAGCUCCAAAACAUUGGAUGCUGGAUAAACUGACUGGUGUGUUUGCCCCUCGUCCAUCUACCGGCCCCCACAAGCUAAGGGAAUGUCUCCCCCUAAUCAUUUUCCUAAGGAAUAGACUUAAGUAUGCCCUAACUGGAGAUGAAGUAAAGAAGAUCUGCAUGCAGCGUUUCAUUAAGAUCGAUGGCAAAGUCCGCACAGAUAUAACCUACCCUGCUGGUUUUAUGGAUGUCAUCAGCAUUGAUAAGACUGGAGAGAAUUUUCGUUUGAUCUAUGACACCAAGGGUCGCUUUGCUGUUCAUCGUAUUACACCUGAGGAGGCCAAGUAUAAAUUGUGCAAAGUAAGAAAGAUAUUUGUGGGGACAAAAGGAAUCCCUCAUCUGGUAACCCAUGAUGCUCGUACCAUCCGUUACCCUGAUCCCCUCAUCAAGGUGAAUGACACCAUUCAGAUUGACUUGGAGACUGGCAAGAUUACUGAUUUCAUCAAAUUUGACACUGGUAACCUGUGCAUGGUGACUGGAGGUGCUAACCUGGGAAGAAUUGGUGUGAUUACAAACCGGGAGAGACAUCCAGGUUCUUUUGAUGUAGUUCAUGUGAAAGAUGCGAACGGCAACAGCUUUGCCACACGGCUCUCAAACAUUUUCGUUAUUGGCAAAGGCAACAAACCGUGGAUCUCUCUUCCCCGUGGAAAGGGUAUUCGCCUUACCAUUGCUGAGGAGAGAGAUAAGAGAUUGGCAGCCAAACAGAGCAGUGGAUAAAAUGAUCUCUAUGUGAUGUGAUUGGAAAAAUCUUUGUACUUAAUUAAAGAUAAUACCAAGUGAUUAAUAA